AUGAAGGUUGCGGCGAAGGUGAGCUUGGUUUUUCUUGUGUUGGCCUUAGCCCUAACGACCGAUAAGGCCUAUUCAUUCAACAUGGCAGAAACAAGCCAUGGCCUAAACCACUUCCAACGCUCAUUGUUGAGUGGUGGCGGUGGUAGUGGCGGCGCAGUUGGCGACUAUAUUGGCGAUAACAAUGAGAUGUUGUUCGACACGGAGGCGAGUCGCCGCACCCUGGCGCAAGGCAGGUCUCACAUUAGUUACCAAGCAUUGAAGGCCAAUUCAGUGCCGUGUGGGCGCCGAGGCCAGUCCUACUAUGAUUGCCAGAAGAGGAAAAGGGCUAACCCAUAUAGGCGUGGUUGUAGUGCUAUAACUCAUUGUGCUAGGGUCACAGGUUGA